AUGGAUCGAUCAAGUUCAGUACCUCGUCCUGGAUCUGCAGUCUUAAUCCCUCCAGCCUAAGGACAAUCAUACAGACCAACUGGUGCACCAUCUUAAUUUUCAAAUUCUCAAAUGAAAUUCAUGAAUGAUCUAGUUUAACAGUAGCCGAACAGUUAGAGACAAGCUGUUAGCCAAUAACUUGAGUAACUAACUCCCGAGGAAAUAAGUGAAAUUUAGAGAAAGUUGGAAAACGGUGAGAUUUUGCAUGGUCUCUCAGCCCUACCAGAAGGAGCCAAUAUGACACAUAAAUUUAUAGUUAAAGUGAGAAAGCAUAAUCAACCUGCCCAACCUGUAAAAACAACACCUCCUCCUCCACCCCCUUAGAAGUAUGCUCCCUAAUAUUGCCCUGAUUGUUUGAAUAAGGAUCAAAAACUAAAGCAAUAGGAUGCAAAGAUCGAGUAAUUACUGGAUGAGAUGAACAAGAUGAGCAAGUUCUUGGUGGACAAGAGUCAAGAAAUUGAAAUCUGGAAAAGACAAUAUAUGGCUAUUUAAUAAGAUCUUUCCAAGCCAAAAGUGAUUGAUAACUCAGAUAAGUAUCUGAAGGAGAUCAACGAUUUGAAAAAUAAACUCAAUCAAAAGGAAAAUGAAAUCCAAUCCCUUGAAACCAACAUCAAAUAGAUUUAAGAAAAUCAAGAUCAAAUUGAAUUGAGAGGUGGCAAUAAUGAUGAUGGCGAAUUGGAGCAAUUGUAAAAAGAGCUCUAUGAUGCCAAACAAGAAAUGGAACUGUAUAAGGAAGACAAUGAUAGAUUGAAUUAUAAAUUAAGUAACAUGGAGGCUCAAUUACAGAAUAGGAAAACAGAGGUAACAACUAUUUAUAAAUCUGAUCCUGAAACCGAGAGAUAACUCAGGGAACUACAAAGCAAAUACAGUCUCCUCCAAUCACAAUAUUACACCAUCUCUGAACAAUCAAAAACGUAUUAAAAAGAAAUCCAAUAUGAAACUAAAAUCAUCUACCAACCUGAUCCUGAAACAGAAAGAUAACUCUAAGAACUUAAACAAAAGUACACUCUCCUCUAAUCUUAAUAUUACACUCUACAAGAAACCAGCAAGAUUGUGUAAAAAGAAAUACAAUAUGAAACAAAGGUUAUUUACUAGUCAGAUCCUGAAACUGAGAAAUUGUUGCAAAAGAAAAUCUAACAAUACGAAGAACUAUACGCUCGAUACACAUUGAUUCAAGACUAGUAUACAACAUUGCAAUAGAGACAAUAAACCACAGUUUAUGAAACCAAAACUAUCUAUUAAACAGAUCCUGAAACCGAGAGAUAAUUACAAAUUAAAAUUGACCAAUAUAAUCAAUUGCAAUCAAGAUAUAAUCAAUUAUAAAAUCAAUUUUACUCUUUAGAAGAGAGAAGUAAGAUAGUUUAGAAGGAAAUAUAAUAUGAAACAAAAGUAGUUUAUUAGCCUGACCCAGAAACAGAGAGAUUAUUAAAAAUGAAGACUCAAUAAUUAGAAUCCAUGACUACUAGGUGCAACAUGUUACAAGAAUAAAUUGAAACAACCAGAAUUUAAAUAGAACAGUACUAAACUAGAAUAUACUCAUUUGAGUCAAGAAAAUCAGAUAGUGAAAACUACCUAAUAUAAAUUGAACAACUCAAAGACCAAUUAAGAAGAGCAAAUGCUGAUAUCGAGUAAUACACUAGAAAGAUCUACCAAUUGGAAUCCAAUAAUGAAUAAAUAACUUUUCUUAAGAAGUAGAUAUCCGAUCUUAAGUUGCAGUAUGAGUAGGAAUAGCAAUUGACUUUCCAAUUGAAACGAAGAAUUGAGGAGAUGAAGGCAGAACAAUCUUAAUACGAGGUCUAUUAGUUUAAGAUAAGGGAAUUGGAGGUCUUGUUGCAAUAGAAGGAGGAUCGAAUCAGAUAAAUUUAAUUGGAGUCUGAUUAGUAUAGAUCCGAAAUGAUUACUUAUCAAUAGAGAAUUUCAAGUUAUCAGAUUAAUAUUGACAAUAAUGAGGGUCUUAAGUAACAGAUUUAAUAGUGGAGAGAGAAGUAUGAAUAAUUGGAACAAAGGUAGAGGUACUAGAUAAAUGAGGAGGUGAACCAAUGGAAAAUUAGAUAUGAACAAAUCGAAUAGAGAUACAUAUCGUUGUAAUAGAGUUACGAGACUAUUUAAAUUACUUUGAAUCAAUAUCAAGAUAAUGAACAAUCAGAGGUUUUGAAAUUAGAAAUCAAGAGAUUAUAAAAAACUAUUGUUGAGUUGAGAAGUGAGAUCGAUAGAUUACUAGUUUAAGCUUCGGAUAAUCAAUGGUUAUCAAAGAGAUAUGAGGAAUAGUAAUUAUUAAUAGAACAAUUCAAAUCUCAAUUGGAGGAGCGACAAUCAGUCCAGCGGGAAUAUACUUAUGAGAUUCAGAACUUGAACCAAAAAAAUGAACACACUACCAGUACCAGCUAGAAGAUAGUGACUACUUAAUAAUAAUAUACGCAGGAUUCGAAGGCAAUUUACCCAUAGAUGACUCAAUAAACGAAGACCAUUGAGUAUAGUUCAGUUCAACCGAAGAUAAAUGAAUACAGCUCUUAUUCAUCAAGACCUAUUGAGUAUACGAGUGUGUAAUAGAGACAGUCUUAUUAGCAGUCUCAGUUUCUGUAACCAAGUCAGAUCAUAAUGAAUGAAUAAAAGCGAAGCAGAGUGGAAUAAGAGUUUAGUUCUUAGAGAUGGAAUGAUAAUUAUGAAGUAGUAUUGAACGAAGUCACUCAAAAGGAGAAGUAAUUUUCAUGA